AUGAUCGCUCAAACUGUCUUCACCGUUGGCGAUUUGAACAAGAAGGCUCAAACCAGCACCGGAAAGAACGAUGCUCUCAUCUCCACCGGCGACAUUGCAUCCCAAAUCGGUGUACAAUGUGACCAAGUCCCACUCUUGAUCGGAGUUGCUAUCGAGGACGAGUGCAAGAACACCCCAGUCUGUUGCGAGGACUACGACAGCGAGUCUGCAAUCGGUCUUGGCUGUGACGCUCUCCCAAUCGUCUAA